GAAUGAACUUGCACCAUGGAGGGUUUACCUCGGACUGCAAGCCGUGUGCAACGCGUGGAAGGUUAUAAACUUCAUCCACAUACAGGAAGUCAAGAUAAUUCCCACUACAAAACAAACCUAAACUGCAAAGGGCUACAGACCAUCCUCUAUGCUGUAGACUUCACCUCAAUUCUCCAGCAAGGAUGCCAGAAAUACCAGCAGUUAGAGUACUCAACACAGAAGGAAUCCAAACCACUACUCAUUGAAAGCGAAGAAGAACCCCGUCCCACACAAAUACAUGGCGAGGAAACUAAACUUUUUGAUAAACUUAUAGUCGAACCAACAAUAUUAGCACAAGAUGAGGAAGCCAAAAUCUUCGAAGAAGUUUCGGCAGAACCAACAGCAACAGAAGGUAAGGAAUCUAAAAGUUCGGAAAGAGGAGAUGAAAUAAAACCAGCAAGAACACAAGGUGAGGAAGCGAAAAGUUCUGAUGGACAUACAGUAGAACCGGCCGAAGAGAAGGAUCUUGGCGUGCCAUUCGCCAUCGGGAGGAUGGAGGAGGGGUGUGAUUUGUUCAGUGGCGAGUGGGUCUAUGACGAGGCGAGGCCUCACUACCGUGAGCGGGAGUGCCGUUUUAUUAGCUCUCAGUUUACAUGCCAAGCUCAUGGGAGGCCCGACAGGUUGUACCAACACUGGAGAUGGCAACCUCAUGGCUGUUCUCUUCCAAGGUUCAAUGCCACAUUUAUGUUGGAAAGGCUCCGAGGGAAGCGAAUGCUGUUCGUCGGAGACUCCUUGAAUCGGGGUCAGUACACGUCGCUGCUAUGUCUCCUACAGCAUGCCAUCCCCAAGUUUUCCAAAUCCCACGGGCACCAUACUUCGCAUACCGUGUUCAGCGCUCCGGAAUACAAUGCGAGCUUCGAGUUCUACUGGGCCCCCUUUCUUGUUGAGUCGAAUUGCGAUAAUGCCUCGGUGCACCGAGUGACAGAUAGAGUGGUUCAUGAAUACAUGGGAUCCCUUGAAAGGCAUGCUCAGUAUUGGAAGGGAGUUGAUAUUUUGGUCUUCAACACGUAUGCAUGGUGGAUUACGGGGACAAAGAUGAAGAUUAUGCGAAGGUAUCGGGGGAGGAAGUACAUCAGAUUGAUGGGAACGGAGGAUGGGUACCGGUUGGUGUUGAAGAGCAUGGUGAGCUGGCUGGAGAAGAACAUGGAUCCCCAUAAGACCAGAAUCUUCUUCAUGAGCAUGUCACCUACUCAUUUUAGGAGCAUGGAUUGGGGAGGUGACAUGCAUGGGACUUGCUAUGGUGAAACUAUACCAAUUUUUAGUCCAACAUACUGGGGCUCCGGUGCCAGCAAAAGCAUAAUGCAAGUUGUUAGAGAAGUUUUAGGUGAUUCAAAGGUUCCUAUUACUGUUGUCAAUAUCACCCAGCUCUCGUUGUAUCGCAAGGAUGCACACACCUCGAUUUAUAAGGAGCUGCGGUACAACUUGACACCUGCGCAAGUGGCGAACCCUAGAAGCUAUGCCGAUUGCAACCAUUGGUGUUUGCCUGGCCUUCAGGAUACUUGGAAUGAACUCUUGUAUACCAAACUCUUCUUUCUGUGAGAGCUAUUCCGAUCACUCUCCUCGUCAUCUCUGGGUUUUAAUUUAGAAGAUUAUUUGUAGAUACUUUCUUCAUGAUCCUUGAUUUACUUUUGUGUUUGUUGAUCCGUCGCAUUUAUUUUAUCUAUUUGUAAUUUGCAUUUAUAUGUACUGCAUAUUUGCAUUUUCUUCAUGGCAAUUUAUUAAAGCAUCACCUCUAAA